GAAUAGAGGAUUUCAAUAGUGAUGAUGCUCACUCCGACUCUUCGAACGAGUCGAAUCAUUCUCAGGAAGAUUGUCAAAAAGGCGGGCGCGGAGCAACACGAUUGCCACAUUUAAUGCUUCAACAAAGCGGGAAGAAGAAGAAAAUAUCAUUUGAUUGUAAUAUGCUGCCAGAUGGACCAACCACAGAAAUCACCACCGAAUUCAUUAGUUGUGUUAGCCUUUUAGCUCGGAGCAAAGCCAGCAUUUUAGCUGAAAAUUGGAAAGAUGGGGUGCCCGACAAGAUUAAAGAGCAAAUCUGGCAGACUCUAGAGGUAUGA